AUGUCAAACCCGCGCCGAUGGGGGCAGCCCGGCGUACUGGUGCGGGUCGCCCUUUGCUGCGUUACGCACUUUUACAAGUGGAAAAUACCCUGCGACCGCCUGGGUAUCGUGCCGAUUUCCUCACUUUUGCCUCAGAUUUUGCCCCAGAACAGCUCUCAGACUCAGGGAAACUCGAACUCGCGAGUUUCCAGAAUGGAGCACCAAACACCCUGGAAAUUUCCGGAAACGCAAAGGACGUCCGAGGUCGCCAUGCGCGACUUCGACCUCGGUUUUUGGAUCCGAAAGAUGUUUUGGAAUGCUCUCAAUGGCCCCGUUGCGGCCGUGCAUGCCCACGCCAGGAUGACGAGCGUGGAGGCCGUGACGAGCGCGCUCGAGAAGCUCGGCAUCAAGCCGAGCGCCAUGGUGGAGCACGACGCGGCGAUGACGGUCGAGGCCGGGCUGCAGGCAAUCGAGGGCAAGUGCCCGGGCGUCUUUGUCAAGAACCUCGUCGUGCGCGACAAGAAGGCGGGUCUCUUCCUCCUCUCCGUCCGGCACGACGCAAAGGUUGACAUGAAGGCGCUGCCGCAGCUGCUCGGCGUCUCGGGCGGCAACUUCCGCAUGGCCGACUCGGCUCUGAUGACCGAAAAGCUUGGCGUCGCCCAGGCAGAGGGCGGCAAGGCGAAGGCUGCGGGCGGCGGCGGGCCGACAAAGGGUGCGGGGAAGAAGGAGAACGCCAGCGAGAAGGGCAUCGAGUACACCAAGGCGGGCAACCUGCCAAAAGACGAGGCAGGCGAAGGGAGGCAAGAGCUCAAGGGCGUCCCGCUGCGGCUCGAGCUCGGCCCGAAGGACAUGGCCAAGCAGCAGAUCCGGGUAGUGCGGCGUGACACAAACGACAAGGAGGACGUGCCGCUGUCCAUCCUGCCGCAGAAGGCGGCGCUGCUGCUCGUGCAAAUGCGCGCCGCUCGCACGCCUCCCCCGGGGCGGCUUACGCGCGACAGCUACGUGGCGCAGGCGCUGACGUGGGAGGAUUUCAUGGCGAAGAUUGGCGCCGGCAACCUCGAGUUUGAGGAGCUCGUCAAGAAGCGCUCCAAGGAGGAGGCGCUCGCGGCGGCGGGCGAGGAGGCGGAGGACGACCGCGCCGCCAUCUCGCUCGCCGUCAAGACGCUCUGCAUCCCGUACGAGGCGCCGCCGCUGCCCGACGGCACGCCGUGCUUCAUCUCGGGCAAGCCCGCCGUCUGCUGGACGCUGUGGGGGCGUUCGUACUGAGCGAGGCACGCCCGUCCCCGCAUGGACGUGAGCUUCGCGAGCUUUUCCUCUUGGGUCUUCACGCUCCAUGACCACCGGGGCCACGGUCAGUGCUGGGCCUUCGAAGACCGUCCGUCCUCCUAUCCCUCCUCCCUUUGUUUCUUUUCUUUGGGGAAGACCGGAAGUUAAAAUUCUUU